GGAAGAAGGUGGUGUGAUUGGUCAAUACACUUGACAUUAUCUCCUCCUUCCUUGCCCUAUAAAACUGGAAACCUAAGCCUCCGCCCGCUCUGAUAUGAGGCUGGCUUCCAUCUCCAUUCCCUUGUCCUCCUCAUUCUCUGUUAUUCUUUGGUAGCCCAGAGGAAUAACAGGCGCUAAUCGCCAUGAGGACCACCACCCACCAGCUUCUCAUCACCGCUCCCGCCAAUCUGAGGCCCGGGAGGAGGCCCGCCUCAUCUUUAGCGCUCCUCUCGAGGCCCCCCAGGAGGAGGGCCACGGUCGUUAGGGCGGCUGUGGCCGUGGAGCAGGAGGUGAAGACCAAGGUCUCCCUUGUGAGGAUUGGUACCAGAGGGAGUCCACUAGCACUCGCCCAAGCCCACGAGACACGAGACAAACUCAUGGCAACUCAUUCUGAGCUAGCUGAGGAUGGAGCUAUUGAGAUAAUAAUUAUUAAGACUACAGGUGACAAAAUACUCAAUCAACCACUAGCAGAUAUAGGUGGCAAAGGUCUUUUCACGAAAGAGAUAGAUGAGGCCCUCUUGGAGGGCAAAAUUGACAUUGCAGUUCACUCGAUGAAGGAUGUUCCUACAUAUUUUCCUGAUGGAAUGAUCUUACCAUGCAACCUUCCCCGAGAAGAUGUAAGGGAUGCAUUUAUUUGUUUGACUGCAAAGUCUCUUUCAGAGCUUCCGGCUGGAAGCCUUGUUGGAAGUGCUUCCCUUCGGAGGCAGUCUCAAAUACUCUAUAGAUAUCCGUCUCUCAGAGUGGUUAACUUCAGAGGCAAUGUCCAAACACGAUUGAAAAAAUUAAAAGAAGGGGAGGUCCAAGCGACUUUGUUGGCAUUGGCUGGGCUUAAGCGGCUAAAAAUGACGGAGCAUGUCACAGCUAUACUAUCCGUUGAAGAAAUGCUUCCAGCAAUCGCUCAAGGUGCUAUCGGUAUUGCUUGUAGAAGCAAUGAUGAGAAAAUGGCUAAUUAUAUAUCUUUGCUGAAUCACGAAGAAACCAGAUUAGCUGUCGCCUGUGAAAGGGCAUUUCUUGAGACCCUUGAUGGGUCCUGCCGCACUCCUAUUGCUGGAUAUGCUUGCCGUGAUGAGAAUGGAUAUUGUGUGUUCAGAGGUUUGGUGGCAUCCCCAGAUGGAAGUCGAGUAUUGGAGACAUCAAGAAAAGGCUCCUAUACUCUUGGGGAUAUGGUGGCAAUGGGUAAAGAUGCUGGAAAGGAAUUGCUUGCAACGGCAGGCCCCGGUUUCUUUGAUUGGUAACCUCAUAUCGAAUUCCCUGAAGAAAAGAGCAGCGAAACUAAGAGCUUCAGCAUUGCCUUCCAGUUUUUUAAUUUUUAAUUUUUUUAACCUCAGGCGUGUACAAGUAGAUGUUCACCAAGUUGAGUGGUAACAUUAUAUAUGUAUUCAUGUCUUGUACGAUGAUUCUGGUGUUUGGUUAACCUUAUUGCGUCUAAGCUGAAAUAAAAAAAAAAAAUCUUUUUUGUUUUCCUCUC